AUGGCAAGAAAGAAGAUAGAGAAAAAGUUUGUUGUGGAUUUUAAAGUUGAUGAUUACAGCACUACUCAAACAUUAUGGGACGACUUUAAGUGUGAUCUUAGCGUUGAGAGAGAGAGGACUCAGAGGAGGACAAGCUCAUGCCCCAGAAUCCCGAGGAGAAGCUUGCUCCGACAGGGCAGCAUUCGUUUCGACUACUUUGAGGAUGAUGGCUACUCUCCCUUGAUGAAAGCAGUAAACAAGGACUUUGUCAAAACUGUCUUCAACCUUCUCCUGGUCAACUCUGAUCCAAACCUCCAGUUUGAGGAGACAGGAGAGACUGCACUCCACAUGGCAGUCGCAAAUAUCAACAUUUUGUUAGUCAAGGCACUCCUGGCUUUCGAUGCUGAUCCAGAUAUCAAGAACAAUAAUGGCGAGACUCCACUUGAUAUAGCUAUAAGCAUGAAGGCUGAUUUGGGACUGACGCCAGAUAUCAAAUUAGCUCUGGGGACUCUUUUUAAAUUUGGUCCAGUGGAACCCAAAGAACACGAUCAUCAUCAUCAUCGACAUCACCGCCAUGAUCAUAAGCAUAAUCAUCACGUCAAACAUGCUCGGGUUGAUAUAAACGUUCUCAACAAGAAAGAGUAUGCAGACAAACUUGACACCAUCAUCGAUAUUUUGAUCGAAAGCAACAAGCUACGCGCAAAGACAGAGAAAUAUUUCUCUAAGCAUUCAACUGUCCCAGAGCCUCAGAAAAGCAAUGAUACAUAUGUACUUAGCAUGGAUGGCGGAGGAAUGAGGGUGCUAGUUCUAACACAGAUUCUAGUGAAUAUUGAAGAGAGAAUGACAGACCUUGCUUCAUCUUCUGUACGUAUGUAUAAAUACUUUGAUUACAUAGUUGGCACUAGUGCUGGUGGUCAAACAGCCUGUGCACUAGCUUAUUUAAAGGCUGAUGCAUAUAACGUGAGAGCUAUCAUGAGUAGAGCCCGUUAUGUUGUUGCUUCUGCUGCAUCUGAGCGUAAGGGAAGGAUUGAAGAAACUUUCCAGCAAACGUUCUCAAAGUUCCUGACAAUGGGUGAUAUAGAGCCAUCUCGUCGCGUGAUAGUAACAGCAUCCCUGGCUCAUGUUAUUCCUUUUGAGCUUCACCUGAUGACCAGCUAUGGUGAGCCUAGAGAUGGACAUGCUGGGCCAAAGGAGCGCAAAGUUUGGGAAGCUUGUCACAUUAGUGGUGCUGCACCUUAUUACUCUCCUCUCCUCUUUGAUUUGAAGCUCCUGGACGGUGGCCUUGUUGCUAAUAACCCAACUCUUGAUGGUAUGGCUGAGAUUAUUGAACAAGGAAAGAAAGAAGGAAAGCCUGUUAAAUUUGGUAUGGUACUUUCCCUUGGGACAGGGUUUUCACCUAAAGAGCAAACCAAAGAAGUUGAGCUAUUUGGCACAUCUAUUCUCUCUCUUUUAAGUCCAAAGAACAUUCGUGCAAUGGAAAGUCUUGCCUCUCAUUUUGCCAGCCAGUCUCUACUAACUGAUGGAAAGGAAGUACAUCGUGCUAAGAAUUUCUGUGAUGCUCUUGAUUGUCAGUAUUUCCGUGUUACUCCUCCAUUGAAAGAGGCAAUAGGUAUGGCUACUACAGACGAAGACACUCUCAUUGAAAUGAUGUACCAAACUCAAAUGUAUCUCUUUGACAAUCCAGAACUGAUUGACAAUAUUGCAAAGUCUUUGCUUUCAAAGAAAUUGUAG